AUGAAGGUCAAAGUCAUAAACCGCGACGAGGAGGCGUUCACCCGGGAGCGGUCGAACGACCUCAAAAAGGUGCACAGGAACUACGACCCAGACCUCCACCAAUUCACAAAGGCCCACGAGUACGCGCGCGCCCUCAACGCCGCAAAGCUCGACCGCGUCUUCGCGAAGCCCUUUGUCUGCGCCCUGCCCCACGGCGACGGCAUCACGGCGCUCGCCCGCAACCCGCGGCGCCUCAACUCGCUCGUCGCGGGCAGCGCCGACGGCGACAUACGCAUCUGGGACGUGCCCGGGGAGCGCGCGCUGCGGCGGCUCGUCGGCCACAGCGGCGCGGUGCGCGGCAUCGGCUUUGCCCCCGACGGCGAGACGUGCGUUUCUGCCGGCGCCGACGCGAGCGCCAAGCUGUGGAAGGUGCCAUACGCGCCGUUCGAGGCCGGCGACGUGUGCGCGGAGACGGGGCCCGUGCUUGAAUUCCAAGGGAAGCACGCGUUCAGGGGCGUCGACCACCACUGGGGCCGCCAGACGUUUGCGACGGCGGGGGCGGUGGUGGAGCUCUGGGACCACGGGCGCAGCGAGCCGGUGGGCAGCUUCACCUGGGGCAGCGAUAGCGUCGUGUCGGUGCGGUUCAACCCG